AGGUUUGUGAAAAUGUCAAAGUUCAUACUUCAUUUGUAAAUGUAGAGGUAGUGUUCGAUUAGUGAAAAAAUAAAUAUGUUUGGUCAAGGUGUGUUAGGAUAAAAAAUAUGGCAUAGUGAUUUGUGAAAAUGUGUUUAUUUUUAUAAAAAACCACAAGAUUAAUUUGAUCUAAUUACAAGUACUAUCAUCAAGCAAAAUGCUAAUCAAAGAAUAUAGAAUUCCUCUGCCUCUUACUGUAGAGGAGUACCGCAUUGCUCAGCUGUAUAUGAUAGCAAAGAAAAGCAAAGAAGAAAGCACAGGUGAAGGCAGUGGAGUGGAAAUAAUAGUUAAUGAACCAUACGAAGAUGGACCUGGAGGAAAAGGUCAGUAUACUCAGAAAAUAUAUCAUGUUGGUAGUCAUUUGCCAGGUUGGUUCAAAAGUUUACUUCCUAAAUCAGCUUUGACAGUAUCCGAAGAAGCUUGGAAUGCCUAUCCUUACACUAAAACCAGAUACACAUGCCCAUUUGUUGAAAAGUUUUCCUUGGAAAUUGAAACUUAUUAUUUUCCUGAUAAUGGUCAUCAAGAGAAUGUAUUCAAAUUAAAAGGAAGUGAUUUAAAAAAUAGAAUAGUUGAUGUUAUAGAUGUUGUUAAGGAUCAGCUGUAUGGCACAGACUAUAUCAAAGAAGAAGAUCCAAAACUUUAUGUUUCUCAAAAAUGUAACAGAGGGCCAUUGUCAGACACUUGGCUCGAGGAGUAUUGGAAAGAAGUGCAAGGAAAACCACAACCCUUAGCCAAUGGCAUGUCACUUAUGUGUGCUUAUAAAUUGUGUAGAGUUGAAUUUCGCUACUGGGGAAUGCAAACUAAACUAGAGAAAUUUAUCCAUGAUGUAGCAUUAAGAAAAACAAUGCUACGUGCACAUAGACAAGCUUGGGCUUGGCAAGAUGAAUGGCAUGGUCUUACAAUGGAUGAUAUUCGAGAAAUUGAGAGGCAGACUCAAUUAGCAUUGCAAAAGAAAAUGCAGGCAGGUGAAACUGGUGAAGACAAUGAUUUAUCUGAAGACAAUUCGAAAUCCUUAGCUGCUACUAUGAGUAGUCUUGAGAAAAAUGAAGAUUCUGCAAGCCCACUAACAAACAAAAAAAGUAAUAUUGAAACUAGAGUACAAAAACAGUUAAGUCCAGAAAAUUCCCCUCCUUCAGAACCCAAAUCUUCUAAAUCAAAUCUCAGAUCUUCAUCAUCAGGUUCCCUAAAAAAUUUACAGACUCAAGUAGCGAACUGGAGAAUGGAAACUCUAGUACGAGAAUCAGAAACUGAAACUGGCUCAGAAGAUGAAUUUUAUGACUGUGAGUCAUCGUUUAACAAAUGGUCAUCUAUGUGUUCCUUAGAUGAAAACGACAUUGAUAUAUCUCCAACUCAAGGAGAUAGCAAUCAAGAUGACAGUAUUUUUAAUCCAUCGUUUUUGAAACGAGUUACAUCUGAAAGAGGAUCUCGUCGAAUUCUAACAUUGCACAGUCACCAGAGCAUAGAUGGUUGUCCUGAAACUCCUGUUCAUAGUUCUUGCCCAACUACUGUUUUAAUACUUGUAUUUCAUGCAGGCAGUGUUCUGGAUGCAAAUGUUGAUAUGACUGCUAAAAAAUCGGAUGUGACAACUUUUAAAGGAGCUUUUGAAUCUGUUAUGCGACAACACUAUCCAACAUUAGUUGGUCGAAUCACUAUAAAACUAGUAUCAUGUCCAUCAAUAUGCACUGAAGCACUUGGAGUCUUGUCUACUUUGAGCCCAUACAGUUUUGAUUGUUCACCUUCGACUAUAGAAACUCCGUCACUCACAAAUGACCUUAUUCCUAUUGGUGCUAUUCCUUUAAUUGCAACAUCAUCUCCAGAAUAUUGUGAAUAUGUGAGUAAAACUAUUAUCUCAGCAAAUCUUGUUUACAAUGAAUUCAUAAAAUCAGAUGAUGGAAAAGGUUUCAAUGGUCAAGUAUGUAUUGUAGGUGAUAGCAUGGGUUCUGUUCUAGCCUUUGACGCUUUGUGCCGUACACUACAGUACCAGUCACGACAUGAUAGUGAAAAUAGUAUACUUGACACUGAAAUAACAAUUCCAAGUGAACCAACUGAAAAUUAUUUAAAUAAAUCCCACUUACAAGCUCCAACACCUAGAAGACGAUCGUCUACCGCGAGUGAUAAUCAGACAAAGUUAGAAUUUGAAGUCAGUGAUUUCUUUACUUUUGGUAGUCCAUUGUCACUUAUUCUGGCUUCAAGAAAAAUAUCUGAUGACAAAUUCAAAGACCUAAUGAAACCGCCAAUUCAACAAAUGUUUAAUUUAUUUCAUCCUACGGACCCUGUCGCUUCUAGAUUGGAACCUUUAUUGUCAGCAAGAUUUACGAACCUGCCACCAAUAAAUGUUGCUAGAUAUGCUAAAUACCCGCUGGGAAAUGGCCAGCCGUACCAUUUAAUCGAGUUAAUACAAAGUCACCCAACUUUAUUUGGAGAUCAUUUGCAAAUGCCACCUACUCCAGUUUUAAGAAGACUUUCCGAAGCAUCUGUCCAAAGCACUGUAAGUGGCAUGGUUGAUAAUAUACCGUUGAUUACCAUGAAUGCCCUUCAGCAAAAAUGGUGGGGUCCAAAACGAUUAGAUUAUGCCCUUUAUUGCCCAGAAGGCUUAGCCAAUUUUCCUACGAAUGCUUUACCACACCUGUUCCAUGCCAGUUACUGGGAGAGUUCUGACGUUAUAGCGUUUAUAUUGAGACAAGUAGGUCAUUUUGAUUUGGCGCUAUACAAUCAAAAUGAAGAUAAAGACAGCGGGUUGUUUAAACCUGGCCAAGACAAGGAAAAAUGGAUGAGAAAGAGAACCUCUGUAAAGUUAAAGAAUGUUGCUGCUAAUCACAGAGCUAAUGACGUAAUCGUAAAAGAAGGCUGUCCGCAAACAUUUACAGCCAGAUUUAUGUACGGACCGCUAGAUAUGAUCACUUUGACGGGUGAAAAAGUUGACAUUCAUAUGAUAAAAGAUCCACCAGCCGGGGAAUGGACUUUACUAUCCACGGAAGUGACUGACAAGACCGGACGAAUUAUCUAUACAAUACCAGAAAAACAUAGUGUAGGCUGUGGAGUCUAUCCAGUCAGAGCAGUAGUUAGAGGUGACCACACCAGUUGUAACUUUCAUCUUGCUGUUGUGCCGCCGCAGACUGAAUGUGUUGUGUUUAGUAUUGACGGCUCCUUCACCGCCAGUGUAUCGGUAACUGGUCGGGAUCCGAAAGUAAGAGCUGGGGCAGUAGACGUGGUACGUUUUUGGCAAGAUCUAGGUUAUCUAAUCCUGUACAUAACGGGCAGACCCGAUAUGCAACAGAGGAAGGUUGUGUCUUGGUUGGCGGAACAUAAUUUUCCUCAUGGUUUAGUGUUCUUUUCCGAUGGCUUUUCAACAGAUCCUUUAGGUCACAAAGCUGCUCAUUUGAAUAACUUGAUAACAGAGCACGGGGUGAUUCUACACGCUGCGUACGGUUCGGGGAAAGAUAUAAGCGUGUACAAUAAUUGUGGAUUAUCACCGAAGCAAAUAUAUGCUAUUGGGAAAAUAAGUAAAAAGUACAGUAACAUGGCCACGACUCUGAAUGAUGGAUACGCGUCACAUUUGGCUGAUCUAAAACUACCAGGCGCGGUUAGACCUGCUCGAGGUAACGCCCGCCUCCUCGUGCCGCGUCGGCUUCUAGCACCAGUUAGCAGUUCUUCAGUAUCACGUAGUCGACGUUAAAUACGUACCUUUUGGUGUACUCUAAGUUUUACAAGUCACGUAUUACGAAUACUAUUACAGUAAGUGUUCAUUUACACGAAGAGCAGCUGUUACCGAGGACUGCAGGCGACUCUCGGCGGCGGUUGACGACUGCCGUUAGCUGCCGCCGAGACGUCGCUGACUGCAGUCGGCGACCGCCGUCGACUGCCGCCGAGAUGUCGACUGCGGUCGUUGGUAGAGUUGUCGCUCGUGUAAAUGAACUCUAAUACUUGAGUAUUUAUUUUAAAUCUGUUACUAUGAAAAUAUUUAUUAUCGAGAUAUAAAAAUAUAUACUUUUCCAUUCGGUGAAGUCUAAUAUAUAUAAACAGAAUUAUAUUUUUUCAUUGCAAAUAUUUCGUGUAUUUUAAAACUAUAAAAAGAAAAUGUAAAUGUUGUUUAAAUCGUAAAAAAUUGUAUUAAGUCUAUCGUCACUGUGUACCUUACUAAUUUAUUAUGAAUGUACUAUUGUCUAUAAUCAAGUUACAACUAGACACGGUUACUAAUAAGCUAAUCGUUUAUAUGUGGUAGGCGUAUACUGUUAAUCCAUUUGUAAGGCUGGGAAUCUCUUUCGAUUUAAGUAAAAAUCUAGUCUCUUUACGUAACGUAUACAACAAUUUAAUUAGGUCAGGGCUUACUAAUACAUGUACCUAUUUAAUCCUCUCACCUUUCCGAUUUCUUUUGAUUAAAAGUUUAAAAUCAUUGAUUAUUAUUGCAGAAGGUACAUGUUGUGUACUCUGUAUUACAAAAAAUGUAGAAUUUUUAGCAAAGUUUUUACAAUAGCUGUAAAAAUGUAUUAGUAUGUUUGACCUAAUAAUGUUAUCUCUACUUAUAAAAAAAUUGUUAUAAACUAUAUUCAAAUUAUUACUCUUCGCUUCUGAUCUGAAGAUCUUUCGCCAUUUAUACUGUUCUCAGUAUUUUUUAUGUAUAGUUUUGUAGUACAUUGUUUCUAAAGUAUUGACCUUUGUUUCUGACUAUAAAGUUGUGUUGUUUACGAUGUUGUUAAUGAUAAUAUAUUUAGGUUGUCACAAUUGAUAUUAAAUUUUAUUAUUUUUUUACUUUUACUAAGCAGAAAACUUAUAGUACGAUAACGUAUUCCAAUUGAAACUUUAUAGAAUUAAGAAAUUUAAACGCUUUUAUCUGACUGUGGUAAAUCAGCAAAUCUAAAUUUUUAAAUAAAUAUGAUUAGAUGUUAUAACAAGACCCGCCAAAAAAAUCACAAACAUUCUAAAAACAUGUUGACUCUACAAUGUUAAUUUGUAAACUUUUACAAAAUAAAUGAAUUUUGUAUUCAUUGUUCAGACGUAACUUCGCAACGCAACAACUGCCUCGAAGUAAUUUUUCAUAGAUUAGUAUUAUAUGUAUGUAAUUUUACGACACAAAAAUUUGUGUCCAUUUUACAUACUAACAUACUUAACUAUAAUAAUAUGUAAAAUGGGCAGUCAAUAAGGUAGAGUUUAUGCUCGUAACUGUAUUUUUGCACGAGCUACUAAGUCAAAAGGAAUUUUAGCAUUCCACGUAAAAGUAUGUAAUAUGAUGUUCAUCUAUCAAUUACUUUAUUGUUUUAUAAACAGUUACACUUCAAUAUUUGCAGUUCAAAAAAAAAUAUUUUGUGAUAUAUAAUACAUGUGUUAAUUCCCAUAUGUAGGUCGAACAAUUAUUUGAAGCAUUAGGUAUAUUGUAUGGAGCAUUUGAUUGCCAUAUAAAAAAGUACAAAUAAAUAGAUUUUGUUUAUCAGCCACAGUCAGAAUAUAUUUAAGGACUAUGAUUAAGCACAUAGGCUUCUGAAUAAAUAUGGAGUCACAAGAUAUUAAUUGUUCUCUUAUAUAUAAUAUCCACCAAUCACAAAAAAUACUUUUUAUAAUAUAUACUAUAACUAGAUAUUUAUAUAAGUUAGUAAAAUAUAAAAACCAGCAUAAUUAUUGAAUUGAGCAAUAUAUACCAGUGAGAUGUUAUUAACUCUAGAGAUAUCGGCGAUUUAAUCUAACCACUAAUUCUUGUAGUUUUUAAUUUUAAAGCACACCAACCAAACAUUAUCUAUACAUUUGGUUAAUGUAUAUUAUUUGAACCUUAAAGAAGAGGUAGUGAUAAAAAGUUUAAGUAUAUAAUAUGAUUGACCUAUAAUAUCAGAGAGAACGAACGAACAGAACCUCUUCAGGUUAAGGUCUCAUUGAUAUUUGUUUUUACAAAUUGCAUGGAUGUCGUGAAUGUCAAUUCUUUAGCAUAUCUUUAUAGAAUGAGUCAGUUAUAGCUAGUUUUGUGAUUUUAUAAAUGCUACAUACUAAAGCCGGAUUUAUAUUUGUCUGACGUGUCGUGUCGUGACGACUUCUGAUGUGCCGCAUAUAAAAUGUAUGAUACCGAUUCUGUUCUGAUGCGUCACAACACGACACGUCAGACAAAUAUAAAUCCGGCUUUAGUUUGUUUUGGUCUAAUCACAUAUACCUACCUAAAUAUGGUAUGCAAGAAUACCAUAAUAGAGUUCAAAGGGCCAGACUCUCAAUCGUCUAACUAAAAUAGUUGAAAAACACAGUUAAAGGUCUGGCAACAGAGCACAUGUUUCCUAAUAUUAACUCGAAAAAAAAGUACGAUUUAUACUUCGGUUUUUGAAUUCUGUUACCUUCCAAACAUCAUAAGUGCCUACCGUACUUUGGCACUCAUAUUAUGCAUACAUAAAUCUUUAAUAAAAUCAUGAACUUCUAACAAAACCACAGACAGACUAAUAAAGUCAUUACAGAUGUUUCUGCUAUGGGUAUGUUGAUUAUGAUGUUGAUUAUUUAAUUCACGCUCAGCUAAAGAUUUAUAAAGAAAUAACUAUUGCAUUGUUUAAGUGCUUGUACGAAAACGCCACUAUGUCAGUCCGUAUUCAGGAUCAGACUACGAGGCCAAUCCAGUUGCAGCGAGGAGUGCGUCAGGGAGAUGUGAUCUCUCCGAAGCUAUUUACCGCCGCAUUGGAAGACGUCUUUAAGCUUCUGGACUGGGGCGGACUUGGCAUCAACAUCAAUGGCGAGUACAUCACUCAACUGCGUUUCGCGGAUGAUGUAGUCAUCAUGGCACAGACUCUGGAUGACCUUAGUACCAUGCUCAAUGACCUCAGCAGCGUUUCUCAACAGGUGGGCCUGAAAAUGAACAUGGGCAAAACAAAAAUAAUGUGUAAUUCUCAUGUAUCGCUCCACCCAGUUAUAGUUGAGAACGCUGCACUCGAAAUUGUAGACGAAUACAUAUACCUAGGACAUAUGAUCCAGUUAGGUAGGUCCAAUUUCGAGAAAGAGGUGAACCGUCGAAUCCAACUCGGCUGGGCUGCAUUCGGGAAACUUCGCGACAUCUUUUCGUCCGAAAUUCCUCAGUGCCUGAAGACGAAAGUCUUCGAACAGUGCGUGUUGCCAGUGAUGACCUAUGGUUCCGAGACUUGGUCGCUAACUAUGGGCCUCAUAAGAAGGCUCAGAGUCACACAGCGGGCGAUGGAACGAGCUAUGUUAGGAGUAUCUCUGCGUGAUCGAAUCAGAAAUGAGGAGAUCCGCAGAAGAACCAAAGUCACCGACAUAGCUCAACGAGUUGCGAAGCUGAAGUGGCAAUGGGCGGGGCACAUAGUGCGAAGAGCCGAUGGACGUUGGGGUCCCAAAGUGCUGGAAUGGCGAACCCGCACUAGUAAGCGCAGUGUUGGCCGACCCCCCACCAGGUGGACUGACGACAUCAAGCGAGUCGCAGGGAUUCGCUGGAUGCAGUUGGCUCAGUAUCGUGAUGUUUGGAAGUCCCUACAAAAGGCCUAUGUCCUGCAGUGGACGUCCAUCGGCUGAUAUGAUGAUGAUGAUGAUGAUGAACUAUUGCAUAUUAAAAUAAAAUAUAAGCGUGUUAAGUUUUUUGGGGUAAACAUGUUCUUUAACUUGCUCUGAGAUGUGAGAAUUUCAAUGGUGUUAGUUUUAUCACGUAUAUAUUUAUUACUACCUAUAUUUAUUAACGAUUGAAAAAAAAUGUAAAUAGGUAAGAAAAUUAAAAUUAUAUUAUAAAUAUCUACACACAAAGGGAAAUAAAAAAUACCAAGUCAAAUGCAAUACCCAAGUAUAGCUGAACUGUUUAUUUUCCUCUAAACACAAAACAAUAGAUUAUUUUAAAAGCGUUUUGUUUAACGAUAUCCCGUAGACAUGCAAAGGAGAUAUUUUAUAAUAAUGUAUGCUGUUUUUUGUGUAAAAUUCAUUGAAUAGAAUUAGCGUCAUAAAACCUUUAUUGAUUACAUAACUAAAUUACGUACUUCCGUAAUACUUUAUAUUUUUUAAGUAUAAGUAUAAUCAAUAAUAUAAAUAUUUACAAUAGUUAAUAUAGCAAGCAUUCCUUCCUCUACCCGACGUGGUAUUUUUUCCGUAAACAUAUUUUACCCAAUUAGUUUUGAUAAAAGGUUUUUUGGCCAUUUGCGCUCGCUAAAAUGUUUCCUAUUUUUUACUAUCCUAGCCAUCGAUAUAGAAUACUUGUUCUAUAUCUAUAUCUAGCAUUAGUUAAUAAUAGUUGCCUUGUUUUCUUUGUAUAUGAAUUCACUGAAAUAAUUUAUGAUGUAAAUAGUUUACGUUAACGUAUGUACCAUGUCAGAUACGGCACAAGGCGCCGACAACGGUUCAUAUUUAGGGAUAUCUAAAAAUAGUUUGGGAAAAUUCCUGGAUUAACAAUUUAGAUCAACAUAGAACAACUUAUAAACCAUGAAUAUAUUAUAUCGUCUGUAUUCUAUUUUUUUUAAAUAACUUAUUAUGUAUAUCUAGUUUUUUUUUUACUAGCCCCUCAAGCUAGUGUGUCUAUGAAUGGACGAGAGAUGACAUUUUCAGUACGUCAUAUCUUUCGCUUCAUAAACACUACUUAAGCGUAGUGUGAAUGUGCUGAGGUGGCAAGUAAAAAUAUUUUCCACCUAAUCUAAGACGCAUACUGUCAACAAUUUGUAAUAGUUAUCAAAUUUAUCCAAUAAUAAUUUUUCAUAAUAAUAAAAAAACAAUAAUAUUUAUUAUUAAGACAGUUAAAUAAACUCCCAAACUCACUCUUAUUAAACACUAUUAUUUUUUUUUUAUCAAAAAUAGAUUUUUUUUAGCUGCACCCUCUUAAAUUUUCACCCUUCCACAACUUGCAACGGUUUUGAAGCACUAUCUCAUUUUAAUCUCUUCAUAUAUGUAUCGGUGUGGUAGGAAAUUUAUAUUUUUUAAUUUCGUAGAUUGCACACCAGUCACAAAUGCAUCUCUUGGUAAUGACGUCAUUCGCAUUGUAAUCUUUAUAUUAUAAGCUUUCCCAGUGUAUAUAUGUAUAUUUACCCUCGAACAAAGUUCGUGUACCUGUGAGAUCUGUCAGAUACACCGCCUGUAAUAUAGAAAAGAUAACGCAAGAUAGACGUGUUAAUAUAUCCCAACUCAAUAUUGUCAACGCGUCGAGUAGAUACCUAUACUUUAUGAGGCUUCACGGCAAGGCCAAUCGUUAUAUUGUAAUGUCGGCCACCCAGAAAGUUUUGCGUAACAAAGUUGACAAAUCACUUGAUAUGAAUUCUUGAGAUUAACUUAUUUGACUUGUAAUGUUCAAAUUACUAAAGUAAAUAAGUACUGCUAGGCUGUUAAAGGGGAUUAGUAUAAAAAUGUUUAGUUUAAACUCAUUUUGGCCUGAACUCUUUUUAUACUAACCCCUUCAAUUAUCUGUAGAUAAUCCGUUUUUACUAUUUACCAAAAAGUUACUUUGAGUUAGCUGUAUGUAGGUAGUAUAAGAUGUACCUGACUGCAUAAGAAUUGCAAAUUAACUGCAAACAGUUUUACGUAUUAAAAAAAUCGACUGUUGACAUGUAUGAGCACAUUAGAUAUAUGCCUACCUAUUACGAAAUUGCAAAAGGUUGCUCUUCAAUAGACACUGAGUUAGUUACUUAAAUACUACUUAAGAUUGAAAUACGAACAGGAAAAUUAAGUUAAAAAAUGGCUUUGAAUGACGUCACAUUUAUAGUCUUGUCCUUUUAUGUGCCUAAGUGUUAGACGGGGCUGGACGUUAAUAAUAAUAAUUUUUUAUUUAUCACACAAGGUUUACAAUUUUUCUUGAGUUCAAGAACUGGCUAUCCUAGCUAGAUUUUAAGGAUUUGUGUUAAGUAUAACCAGCCCUCUCCCCCGGAUUAAUUACAAAGAUAACAAAAAGUGUGAGUGAAUUUUAAACAAAGUUUAGUCACUUAACAAUAUAUAAAACGUGUUUGUGUGUGUGUAUGAUUAAGAUAUUUGUAUUAAACCUAAUACAAAUAUAAUCAUGGAAUAUUUGGAUCUCUGUAUUUAGAUAAUUCCAAAAACAUCAGAAUCUAUUUUCAGCCUAUAAAUAAUAUAUAUCAGCCUAUCACUUAUGGUACAUAUAAAAAAUGACAGGACAUAGAAUGUGUUGUCAUUCGGGACAGUUUUUUCGGCUUCUCUUUUCUGUUAUAAUUGCAAUCUACGAUAUAAUAUCAAGCUUUUCGUUUAUAUGUAGCAACCCCCAUCUGUUUCGCUAUGCAUCUUUCAAUAAGUAGCUUAUAAACAAUCACUAUGUUUUAAUACCAUCUGCAAGAGUAAUAUUUGCAUCAAAACUGCAAUUUGCAGUUUCAUUGCAAUUCAAAUGUCGUCAGUCUGUCAUAAACUUUACUAAGUAAAUAUUGCUACGUUUAUGAUCUGUAUACACUAAAAGUAGAUAAAUCAAUUAAACUGUCUGUGGUAGAAACUAAAACUGUUGUUGAUUUUAGAUAUAUGUUGUGUUAGGGUUCAUUUACACGAGCGGCAACUCUACCGACGACCACAGUCAACUUCAGUCGGCGACAGUCGACUGCAGUCAGUGACGUCUCGGCGACAGUCGACGGCGGUCGCCGACUGCAGUCAGCGACGUCUCGGCGACAGUCGACGGCGGUCGCCGACUGCAGUCAGCGACGUCUCGGCGACAGUCGACGGCGGUCGCCGACUGCAGUCAGCGACGUCUCGGCGGCAGCCAACGGCAGUCGACUGCAGUCGUCGGUAGCAGCUGCCGCUCGUGAAAAUGAACACUUAGACCAUUAGACUGUGUCGCAACUGAAUUCUAAAGGUAUUAGAUAACAGUGCUGUGUAUUUAAUUUUUAGAUGAAUUUGUAUUGUUAUAUCAUCCUAUGGAAAUAUUAUAAUCUCAUUUUAUGAUCCUUUUACUAAAUAAAAUUAUUUUUGUGACAUGUUCCUAUUAACAGUUAACGGACAGUAGUAGUUAACAUUUACCAGCAACUACCUUAUUACAGUUUUUUUUAAGUUUGCAAACGUCCCAGGAUUUCAUAUUCCUCUAUCGGUUUUUAAUUGGCUCAAUUAUUUGUAUCUAACCAUUCGCUGCCCGCGAGUAUUUUAUCGAAAAGGCCGUCUGCGUUGAAGAAGCCGACAGUCAGGGAAUGCGGUUUUAAUCUACCGUUGUGAGCCAUUUAAAAAAUCUUUAUAUUCCUCUAUCGCGCGGAACAUGAUACUGUGCUCGCCUAUUGCCCUUAGUUUACGUUAUAUUUUUUUACAUGUCACGUAACGGAUACGAUGGGCGACCGGUCGUCCAUUUAGGAGUCAAGUGACUAAAUUGCUUGUUGCGAUUUUCAGUGCUAAAUCAGUAAUCAGAUUUAAGUGCUAACCUCGGUCCGUACAACACCCAUUGCGUUUGUGCACUACUUACCUUUAACCUAUACUAUCUGAAAUUUGAAUAUUCGAAAGGGAUAAAAAAAGUUACUUUAAUGUAACUAGUUCUCAUCUACCUUUUUACGUACUUGGUGCACAAACGUGGAUGAGUUUAAAAAAUAUGUUACCAUCAAUAUUAUUUGAUUUUUAUUAUUACUAUUAUAAACAAACCGCAUAUCUGAGUCAUCGCCUGCGCAGUACAGGGUUGCGGAAUACUCUAAAGAAUAAUUCAGUGAAAUGAAUGCCCCUGGCGCCUUCUCUUUUUCCGUUCCCUUUUUGUAGUAUUUUUUUUUAAUUUCGAAAUAGUCCAUAUUUUCUUUCAUCAUCAAGGGUGUCUAGGGGAGCGGCCAUGUUGAAAAUCUUUUAUUUUGCUUUAGUGGCCUAUGUACCUAUAAUACUUCACAAUAUUACAAUUCGGGAAAAAUGUACAGCAAUUUUUUUGAAGUAAGACAAUUUUGAUUCCAUAACUUUUUGUCUUAGAACUCAACAUGGCGGCUGAUACUAGGAUUCCGUAAACUUGGAUUUAAAACCUCCUUGGCACACUAAUAAUGAUAAAACAAAAACGUAUUUUUUGUCCUAUAAUUUUCAGAUGUUUAAUUUAAUUUUUGAAUGGGCCAAGACUAAUUUUUAUAUUAGGGUAUAUGAUUUAAAAGUGCUUCUAAACUAUUAGGCUUAGUUUACUAGCACUUUUGGACAACCCCGGCAACCCAGCGCGCGAAAUCUCAGGUAUGUUGUUUCUCUAUAUUAAACCUAUUCGUAAGUUAUUUUAAUGUGAUUCUUAUUUUAUUUAAUAAUUCCAUGACAUUUUAUUUCUCUGGGUAAAAUUUAUAAUUCAAAUAAGUUGAAAAAAAUCAAUAAUUAUUAUUAAUUAAUUACAAUUUUUGUAAAUCAUGCAUCUACCCUCGUUUUGUAAGAGUUGAUUCACGUGUACCUAGGUAUAUUUGUAAAUGUGGUAAUAUAUUGUAUUUAUAAACAUAAUUUGGUUCAUCUAAAAAGUGAUAUGCUUCUAUUCCUUUGUAUUAAAUGUAUUAAAUUAUUGAUGUAAUCAUUUGUGUGGAUAAAAUAUAAAUUAUUGUUGUUGC